AUGGCUAUCUUUCUGAUGAGAAAUAUGUUCCAUAUGUUCGUCAUCUGCAAUACCAUUGCUAUGUAUACCUCCAUCCUCGCGGCAAUCAUCUUCAUCUGGGCACAGUUAGGUGAUCUCAAUUUGAUGGAUACUGCCUUCAGAUUUGCAUUGCCAUUAUUGGGGCUGGCCCUUUAUGCAAUGUCCUUCGGCUUCAUGGCAGGUGUUUCCUUGGUGGUCAGUAAUCUUCAUUGGCUUGCAAUUGUUGUCUUCAUUAUUGGAAUCAUCUGCCUUUUCAGUCUCUCAGUACCCUUUCUUUUACUCUUCCUCCCAAGUAAGUCUACUAAUCGUAUCCUUAGGUACAUCUCCUAUUAUCCGUUCCUUAUACUGGUAUGGGCAUCUGAAAGCCCCGAAAUCAAACAGGAAGAUUAG